AUGCAGUUCUGUCUCGGGUUGUUCAUCAUAAGAACACAUCCAGGACUCGUCGCCUUCGAGUGGCUCGGAGAGCAAGUGAAAAUAUUCCUGGAUUAUACAAAGAAAGGAUCGAGAUUUGUUUUUGGAGACCUGAUCAAUGACAUUUUUGCGUUUCAAGCUUUACCCAUCAUUGUCUUCUUCAGCAGUGUCAUGUCCGUCCUGUACUUUCUGGGAAUCAUGCAGUGGCUCAUUCUCAAGAUCUCAUGGGUGAUGCAGGUAACCAUGGGAACCUCCCCCACCGAGACCCUGAGCGUAGCCGGAAACAUCUUUGUUGGGCAGACGGAGGCUCCUCUGCUGAUCCGGCCGUACUUAAAAGAUAUGACCAAGUCUGAGAUCCACGCCGUGUUGACCGGCGGGUUUGCCACAAUCGCAGGAAGUGUCAUGGGGGCGUUUAUUUCAUUUGGGAUCGAUGCCUCGGCCCUGAUCUCGGCCUCAGUCAUGGCUGCUCCGUGUGCGUUGGCUUUGUCCAAACUGUCCUUUCCAGAAACAGAGGAGAGUGUUUUCAAGUCCGACAAGAGCAUCAAAGUGGAUUGUGGUAAUGAGCAGAAUAUUCUGGAAGCAGCCAGCAGUGGAGCGUCCACUUCUAUUGGUCUUUGCGCCAACAUUGCAGCCAAUUUGAUUGCCUUUUUGGCGAUUCUCGACUUCAUCAAUAAAUCUCUGCAGUGGUUCGGAGGGAUGGUUGGAUACCCCACCCUCACCUUUGAGCUGAUCUGCUCGUACAUCUUCAUGCCUGUGGCCUUCAUGAUGGGGAUUCCAUACAGAGAGAGCUUCGUGGUCGCUCAGAUGAUUGGCACAAAACUCUUUAUCAAUGAGUUUGUUGCUUAUGAAACUCUAUCUGCACUGAAGACCAAUCGGCAGAACGGCCUCGACUCCAUUAUUGACGGAGAGGUUCAGUGGAUUUCGGUUCGAUCAGAAACAAUUACAACCUACGCACUUUGUGGAUUUGCAAACUUCAGCUCGUUGGGCAUCUGCAUUGGAGGCCUCUCCUCCAUUUGUCCAAGCAGAAGAAGUGACGUGUCCUCGGUUGUCAUGAGGGCGAUGCUCACUGGGACAUGUGUGUCUUUGGUCAACGCGUGCGUAGCAGGAAUCCUGUUCGUGCCGCCUGUAGAUUGUGUCGGUGUUUUCCAAAAUAACCAGUUUAAUGUGAGCAACAGUGAAGUCAACAGCUGCUGUCGGAAUCUCUUUGGGAGCACCGUCAACAAUGGCUCCCUCAUAUUCAGCGGUAUCUGGCAGAACGUCCAGAACGCCUCUCUCUUCUUCACUGAAUGCUGUCGUUGUUGCGGCGUUUCAUUUGACGCUCUUUGUAACUAA